AUGAAAUUCUCUUUAUCAAUCUUUAUCAUUUCAAUGUUGUUGGUUUCAACAACCACAUCUAGUUAUGUUACUGUUUUAAAUUAUCAAACCAAUGCUUGUAAAGGUAAUUAUGUUAGCCAACACUCAAUGUUGGAGGAUACUUGCUUUGAUGGUGUCAUGUAUAGUUGUGCCAACAACCGAGUAACCAAGUAUGUUUAUGGUGAUUUGAAUUGCAAUGGUAUCCCAUACCCACCAGUCACCACUCAAGUCAACGAAUGCGGUCAAGUCGCCAAUUUCGCAUCGGGUAUUUACCAAUGUAGCGAAAACGUCCCGUUCACAACCCAAUCAUCGAUUGUCAACGUCAAGUACAAUGGUACAUGCCAAGACUCAUGGAUGAAUAAACCAGUAUUGUACAUGUCCGCCAUCUUUACCGAUACCUGUUUCCAAUAUGACUCUCAAUCGUCAUAUAUGAUCGCCUGUGACCCCAACAGUGCACCAUUAAUGGACAGUUACAUCUUGACCGAAGUCAAAGAACGUCGUUUCUUAUUCGUCCACGCCGUAAUAGAUAGAGAGAGAGAGAUGGAUUUAGAUUUGAUUCAAACAAAAGAUAAAUUCUUGGUUAUACCAAAACAAAGUAAUAACAAGAUAUCACAAGCAUUGGAGAUUAGCAAACUCGAUGAUAAGAUUAGAUUGACGUCAAAGAGUGACGCUGCCAAGGAACAAGAGACUAGUCGUAUUGCUAUCCAAGGUAUUGUGGGUAUUGUAGAUUUGAUCUCUGGACGCUACUUGAUCGUCUUUCAAAAGGCUCCUCGUGUGGCUACUGUCAAUGGACACAGUAUCUACCGUGUCGAGCAGAUUCAAAUCAUCCCAUUCCAAGCCAACCAACAGUCUCUCAUGACCAUCCCUGAAUGCGACGAAGAGAUGGUCUAUUUGGACAUGCUCAAGUGGAUGUUGAAUGUAGAGUCGUUUUACUUUUCGUUGACCACCGAUAUCACACAUACACAACAACGUCUCCUCGUUGACAAGCCAACUGCACCCGACCAGCGAUUCUUUUGGAAUGGACCAUACGUGCGUCAGCUGCAGACGGUUGCACCCGACUAUGUCUUCCCCAUCAUGCUCGGCUUUGUCAAGCUCAAUGCGUUUGACCACGACGGCGCUGCCUACACACUGACACUCAUCUCGCGUCGCAACCUCUUGCGUUCGGGCACACGUUACAACUUGCGUGGUGCCGACAAGCGUGGCAACGUCGCCAACAACGUCGAGUCGGAGCAGAUCAUCGGCAAGGCCGGCCAACAAGACACCUUUACCUCGAUGGUGCAGAUCCGUGGGUCGGUACCUUUGUUGUGGUCGCAGUAUGUCGAUCUCAAGUACAAGCCAAAGGUCAAGUUCCACGGCACCGAAGACGAAAACAACGGUACGAUCAAGUCGCACUUUACCGCACUCAACCAGCUGUACGGCAAAAACAUCACCAUUGUCAACUUGAUUGAUCGCAAGGGCGACGAGUUGCACCUCGGUCAAAACUAUGAAAAGUUCUGCUCUAAACUCGCCGUACCACCCCGUUAUGUGUGGUUUGACUUCCACGCCAUCUGCAAGGGCAUGCGUUACGACAAGUUGUCUCUGCUCAUCGAAGAGGUUGGCAAGGACAUUGAUAACUAUGGUUUCCUCCAUGUUGUCGCCGGAAAGGUCGUUGCCAAGCAACAAGGUAUCUUCCGUGUCAACUGUAUCGACAAUCUCGACCGUACCAACGUCGUGCAAAGUCUCUUUGCCCGUACCUCUCUAGAAAAGUACCAAAUGGCUGCCCUCAAGUUCCCACAAACCCUCAUCACCUCCUCGUCGUUUGAUCAUGCAUUCAAGAAUAUCUGGGCCGACAAUGGCGACCGUCUCAGCACUCACUAUUCGGGUACCGGCGCCCUCAAGGGUGACUUUACCCGUACUGGUAAGCGUAACUUUGCCGGUGUCUUGCGUGACGGUCAAAACUCUGUCAUCCGUUACUACCUCAACAACUUUGUCGAUGGGUUCCGUCAAGAUGCAUUUGAUCUCUUUACCGGUGCCUAUCAAAUCAAUCCAGAAAAAUUAAAAAAUCCAAAACAUUCUACUCCUCUUGUUUGGGUAUUUUUAUUAUUAUUCUUUGCACUUGUAGUUUAUUUAUUUAUGAUACCAACAUUUUCAUCUGGUGUCACCAACUUUAUCUACUUUAUCAUUUAUUGGUUCAUGAUAUUCUUUGGUGUCUCUAGUACAAUGAAGAGAUUCAAUAACAAUUUUAUUGAUCGUCCAAAAUUAUUACCAUUAAAUUAA